AUGACGACCGAAACCCAAGGCUGGGAUUCGCGAUUAAACGACGCCGACGCUGAUACCGACGCUACCAAUCCGUCCCGACGGUACGACCUGGAGCAGGAGCGUCUCCUGCAAGACGUUCUCGUCGCCGUGCGAAACGAGCUACCCUUUAUCCAGCCCGACCGUCUCACGUUCAUCAGCCAUCUUGGCCAAGGCAGCAGCUUCGAAGUAGCCAAGGAGUUGUUCUCUCCACCCGAAGGCAUGCCGUACUUCACCGCGGUCAAGCGCAUCAUCGUCCGACGCAAUAACUAUGACGGCGGCGCUUGGGACGACACGCGUGCAGAGCAGCCGCUUGCAUUCCGGUGUCUCGUCAACGUCAUGCGCGAGAUUCGUGUGCUGACACACCCCAAGCUGCGGUCGCAUGGCUGUCUUGUCUCGGCCAUAGGCUGGGGCUGGACCGCGAAGCCGUGGAUCGCCACUCGCCCCUACCUCGUCAUGGACUACUCAGACAGAGCCUCGCUGGCCCGGUUCGCCAGCCAGUGCGUGAUUACUCUCGCCGAAAGGCGCCAGCUCGCGCUCGACGUUGCCAUGGGCAUCCGCGCCCUGCACGACUGCAACAUUGUGCACGGCGACGUCAAACCCGCGAACGUGCUGAUCUACGACUUCCCGCACAAAGCAGCCAACAAUGACCGCGACUUUAUCGCCAAGCUGGCAGGUUUUGGCUCCGCCUUGUUUGAGCAGGACUUUGCCAGUCAGGACGAAUACUAUCUGGGCACCCCAAAGUACAAUGCCCCCGAAAUAUGUGGCCGACGACGGGACUCGGUCGAGCAGCAUCACAACCAACUCUCUGAGUUCGAGAAGUUCAAGGCGGCCGACUGCUAUUCGUUUGGUCUCCUUCUAUGGGAGACCUUCAAUGGCGGAAAUUCAUUUGUGGAACCUAGCUGGCUCGAGCCAGGCGAGGAUGCUAAGGAGGACGCCGUCUUGGACCUGGCAUUCAAGUUCUUAAACCGGCUAUCGACUCCCUCGGGACACUCUGAAAACGAAGCAAAGAUGUCUGCUGUGCAUGCCAAGGGCUGGCCAUAUUCGAACCCAACCCGUUCGCAAAUGGCCAAUUAUGUGAACAACUACCCUCAGUUUCGUGGACAGCUUGACGAUUUCGCCACUACUCUGGAGGCCGAUCUUUCCGAAGCGUUGCAGCGCACGCUUUCUUUGUGUCUGCGGGACGAAAUCUUGCAGAGAGACCAAAUCCAUGACAUUGUCAAGACACUUUCGGCUGAAAUCGGGGACCGUGUUCCGCUAGGGGGGAACUCGACACGCAGAAUAGGGCCUCCUGAUCACCAGCCAUGGAAUCCUAAACCAAACGCGAACCAAAGCAUAGAAAAUCACGGCAUUCGCCUGUCCCCCAACGCGGGCUCUCGGUUGAUGGUACUUCCUGCGCCCAAGCGGAGAGAGACCGUCGUUUUAACACCGCAGGCUUAUCGUUACGGAUACGAAGACAUGUUUAUGGCUGCCCUCAAAACCCAGCCUCCUUGGUAUAACCAAUGCGAAGCCGCCACGCUUAUCGAACGCGAACUUGAGACGGAAACUAGCCCAGAGAGAAAGGCCCAGGCGCACUUGCAGCUCGCUCUCAUGUUCCAGAUCGGCUACGGCAUUGCCCCUGACAGCCUGGGAGCACUGCGUCACCUCGAAGCGGCACGCGAGAACAAAGUCGCCCGGGCCAUUUUCAGCCGAGUUCGCACGGCAUUGCAACUAGACGAACAAGGUCAAGAACAGACAGCACCCGGUGCCGUCGACGACGUGACGUGCAGGAAUCCGGCCAUCUUCCUGGGCAGCGCUCUAUGGAGAAGCGAGCCAGAAAAUACCAACAAUUCUGAAGACCAGACAUUGAACUUGGGCCCCAUCAGUGUGGCCUCGUUCCGGGUACUGGAAAUCCUGGUCAAAAGGGGUCGGUUCGAGCCCCACGAGCUCUCUGAAGCGCUUACAAUGGCCUGUCGAGACGGGCUGUUGGACGUGGCGAUGCUGCUCGCGAAACACUGCACAGCCCUCUCUGCUAUCAACACCGACAUACCAAACCUCCUCCACUGGCUGAUCAUGUUCAAUCCCGACGAGGCCGCCGAGCUGCUGCGGCAUCUCGUCUCGGGGCCGGACGGGGCUGACCAAGGCGAUCGCCUACAAGGCAUGCGGUCGCUCCUGGCGUCCGGACACGACCAGACCACCGUCUUGCUCCCGCAUCGCUGCAUGGAGCUCUACGGGACGCCCCUGCACUGGGCAGUGACGGCGGGAUAUGCAGAUAUCGUCACGGCGUUUGUUUCUCUGGGCGCCGACGUCAACGCCAGGACCCAGUGGAUGCAGACCGACCAGGAAGAGCCCGACUGGAGCCACACCGGACACAGGACGCUGCAGUUUGCGCGAUACAUGGCGCACGGCCGAGGCCACCGGGCUGCGCUGCAAGAGACAAUCGACGUGCUCGUCCUCCGCGGGCUGGACAUCAACGCCGUGGACUCGCUGGGCCAGACGCCGCUCUUCGUGGCAGUGAAGAACAUUGAUCUCGAGCCGUACAUACUUGAGGAGCUGCUCAGGGCCGGGGCCGUAGGGGGGACCGAGUGCGAGGCGCGCGAGGGCAACCUGGUUUCCUCGGCGGUUAUCGGCUGCGCCCAGCGCCGCCUCUCGGCCUACAAAAUCCCGCUGCUCGUGUCGCAUGUCCGUGAUAUCAACGCCUGCGGCCCCGGCGACGGGAGCUUCAACGCGCUCCACCUCUGCGCCAUCUUGGACGCCGCGCCUGCCGCCGAGGCCUUGCUGCAGGUGCCGGGGAUCGAUGCUGACGUCGAGACGGACCGCGGCGACACGGCUAUGUCGUUGGCCGCGCUCAAGGGGCCGCUAGGCGUCCUGGCCGCACUAAUCCGCAAAGGCGCCGACCUCGGCCGAGGAGAGACGCUUGCCGGAGCAGUCUCCGCCCGCCAGCUCGGCGCAAUCAUGAUGCUCAUAGCCGCCGGGUCAGGGGUCACGUUCAUGUCUUUGGGCGCGGAGUACAAUAUUCUCCACAAAGCCGCGGCCAUCGACGAAAACCGUCCGUCCAUCGUCCGCAAGCUUCUAGCCAAGUGCCAGGAGCUGUGCGCACAGGACGCCGUAAACGGAUUCAGCGGCGCCAGCUGGACACCCCUCCACGACGCCGCGUACUUUGGCGACGUCGAUGGCGUCAUGGCGCUCCUCGAAGCCGGCGCAGACCCGACGAGGCACAAAUUGCCUAGCAACUUCACUUACGGGGGGACUCCGCGAGAGUUGGCCAUUAAGAUCCGCGAGAGCAUGAAGUCGGGUAAGCUCGACUUCCACCCGCGCGUGCGGGCCGAACAGGACCACUCGGAGCUGUACUCACUGAACAAGCUGCGCCGCGUGGAAACGCGGUUCAUGGACUACAUCACUGAGAUUAUCGACAUGCUGCGUCGGGCUGAAAUAGAGCUACCUCAAGCCGCGCUGACGGCCCCCCAUGGGAAUCCGCCGUCUUAUUACUCCUCCACCACCCGCACGACUCAUGUUUCUGAGAAUAUUUCUGAGAAUAAUCCCCCGUCGUCUCCCAGCAGCCGCCCGACCGAUGUUUCCAACACCAACAGCGCCAUGAUGGGGACGAUCAGGGCGAUUACGGCAAACCCGGUCGCGAGCGAGCGCGACGCGGCCACGAUCUUGGCCUGGUUCAGCAGCCGGACGUUGGGGUCGUCUGUUCUGGGGGAGGACGAGGGCUUCGGUUGA